GGAAAUAUUAAACCUAAGCUACUUAAACACACUUCUUCAACGGUAGCAUGAUACUUUAAAACAGACAACAUGGCAAAGCCAUUCUACAGACUCCAGCGCUUUUUGCGGCGGACUCAGAUGCUGUUUCUGUUUCUGGGCGUGGCCUACAUCAUGGCUGGAAGUGUACUUUUACUGCAGAGAUCUGUACUGAUGGUAUCUCAACGUGGAAGCCUGCUCCCUCCACCCUCACUGCCUUCACCUCCAAGAACACUGAAAACUCCCGCUCUCAGACCCGGGUAUGGCAUGAUGGCUCCUCGGUUAAGCGGGCAUCAGGUUAGUCAGUCUGAGGAUGGGGCUGAAGCACAAUGGCUGAUCACACGCAACCAGGAGAUCCGACACCUCCGGCGGCGCUGGUUCCACAGUCUGAUGUCUGAGCAGGACACCAGCAGGGUUGAGAGAGUCAGUCCAAAGAGGAAAGUCAGACACAAAGGUACCUACAUCGGUUGUUUUCUGGACGAUGCGAAGGACCGAGUGUUGAAGGGGAUGGUGUUCUAUGAUUUUCGCAAAAUGACCAGCACUCUUUGUCAAGACACCUGCACUGAGAGCGGGUACCAGUAUGCUGGUGUGGAGUACGGGUCCGAGUGUUACUGUGGCAACCGCAUUACUGGGGCUCAGCUAAAGGAGGAAGACUGUAAUUUGGACUGUAAAGGAGAGAAGGGCUCCAUCUGUGGAGGGGUGGGCCGUCUGUCCAUCUAUAAGGUGGAGGAGGUUCUUCUUGGCCAGAGGAGAUACAGGAACGUACGCUACCGAGGCUGCUUCAAGAGACCAGACAACAUUACUGCAGCAUCUUUGGUCCGUGUGGUCCAGCCCAACCUGACCUCCCAGAUGUGCAUCGCAGCGUGCAUGGACAAGGAGUUUCCUUUAGCCAUGCUGAGUACACCAGACUGUUUCUGCGGCUACGCCACUCCAUAUUUCUCCCUCCAUGAGCCAGUCAAUGAAGACCGCUGUGCACAGGUCAAUAGCAGCAUGCCAACUGCCAAACCAUGUCCAUCCUUUCUGCAGGUCUACCAGACCCCCGUGCAGGACUCCAGAUGUACUGAGAGGAGGUUCCUUCCAGAAAAAUCCAGUCAACUGGUGGCACUGUCGAGUUUCCCUGGAGCGGGUAACACCUGGGUGAGGCACCUGAUUGAGCUUGCGACUGGAUAUUACACAGGCAGCUACUACUUUGAUGGAACCCUUUAUAAUAAAGGCUUCAAGGGCGAGAAGGAUUAUUGGAAAAGUGGAAGGACCAUCUGUGUGAAGACGCACGAGAGCGGGAGGAGGGACAUUGAGAUGUACGACUCGGCCAUCUUACUCAUCAGAAACCCUUACCACUCCCUCAUGGCUGAGUUCAAUCGAAAAUGUGCAGGACACCUUGGCUAUGCAUCGGACCAGCACUGGAAGAGCAAAGAGUGGCCUGAGUUUGUAGGAAGUUAUGCAUCCUGGUGGGUGUCCCACGUACUCGACUGGCUUCGUUUUGGCCAGAAGCUGCUGGUGGUGCAGUAUGAGGACCUGCAGAAAUCGCUGGUGCCAAGACUUCAUGACAUUAUCACCUUUCUCAAUGCCAGCACCAGUGAGGAGCACCUGCUCUGUGCUGAAAAUAACAAAGACGGGCACUUCAAACGCUCUGGUGUGCGCCGGCCCAACUUCGACCCCUUUACCCCGGACAUGAGGAGGCUGAUUGACAGUUAUAUUACGGUUGUGGACCGGGAACUUAGAACAAGAAACUACACAGGCUUGCCUCAGGAGUACCUCCCCAGAUGAUGAGGGCUACAUCCUUGAGGAUUUGAACUAUGUCCAUUGUUGUAGAGGGAAAUGUGCUUGGUUCUCUGAAGUGGAAGAGGAUUGGAUUACAUUUCUGGUAGAGCUUUGGCAUCCAACAGAACUCCAUCAAGCUUAAAUGUAAAUUAAAGAGGUAUUUUAGAUUAGAUGUCGUCACAUGGGAGGGAAAAUGUUCUGUAAUUCUGAAAGCUGACAUCCAUAUGCUAUUUUCUAAUUUUCAUUUCAUAAACUUUGCUCCACCAUGUUUUCAGUGUAACAAUAUUAGUGGUCUUUUUUAAUAAAAUAAUCAGUCAAACAUGA